CCUCCCUCCCUACCUCCUUCCCAUUCUCAACCAGGAGAUACACAAUGUGGGUGACUCAUGUGUUUUAUCAUUUCACCACACCAAUCUAUAGAGUUUUUUCCAACUCCAGUAUACCGCAAGAGAAUGGAGUUUCAUAUCUUGAAUAACAAAGCACUCUGUAGACAUUGGAUAAUAAUGGUUGCAGCAAUCAGAUGUUUGACGUACUUUGCAGAACAGAGCAAAAUAUAAAAACAUCAGUUUUAACUUUUAGUAGCGACACUUGGUGGCGCUGCAGGCUAAGGUGGGGGAGACACUAUGUCUCUGCAGACCGGUUUCUUAGAAACUGUGAAACAGACUAGAAGACUGGGACAAAGGCAGAGGAAGGGACAUUAUUAGCUGGAGCUGGGAAAGGAUACAAGCCUGGGCCCUGUGCUGCUCACCAACGGUUUAGAACCUGUCAAAUAACUGUGACUCACAGAAUCAGGAUCUAAUUUGAGGCUCAGCUGGGCAAUUCAAGCUGAAAAGGAGGCAGCCAAAGGAACAAUGGAGCCCGAAAGAAAAGCAAUUCUACCGCAAAGGCAAGUCCUGUUUCUUGUUUUUUUGCUGUGGGUGUCUGAGGCCAGCUGCGAGCUGGGGAGGUUUUUGGUGGCGGAGGAGACUGAGAUCGGCUUCUUUGUGACAAAUGUAGCAACGGCCUUGGAGUUAAAGUUAGGGGAUCUAUCAGCCAGAGGGGCCCGAAUCGCUUCCAAAGGAAAUAAGCAGUUUUUGCAGCUCAACGGUGAGACCGGAGAUUUGGUCCUAAAAGAGAAACUGGACCGGGAGGAGCUGUGCGGCUCCGUGGAACCCUGUCUGCUGCCUUUCCAGAUCUUACUAGAAAACCCUUUAAAGAUAUUUCGGGCUGAGCUUCGGGUGAGAGACAUUAAUGAUCAUUCGCCCGUGUUCCUAGAAUCAGAGAUGCUUCUGAAAAUCCCGGAAAAUAGUAUUCCCGGUACUGUUUUGUCUCUGAAAAACGCCGAAGAUUUGGAUGUAGGAAGUAACGCUGUGCAGAACUAUACCAUCAGCCCCAAUUCCCAUUUCUAUGUUCAAACUCACAGCCGCAGUGAAGGCAGGAAAUUCCCAGAGCUGGUGUUGAUCAAAGCUCUGGAUCGUGAGGAGCAGUCGGAACUUACACUAACCCUCAUGGCCAUAGAUGGUGGGUCCCCGCCCAGGUCUGGGACGGUUCGCGUCCGCAUAGCGGUUUUGGACGUUAAUGAUAAUGCUCCUGUAUUUACUCAACCUAGAUAUGAGGUUCGGAUCCCUGAAAACAAUUCCAUUGGCUCCCUGGUCGUCACCGUCUCUGCUAGAGACUCAGACGCUGGAAAUUACGGAGAAAUAUUGUAUUCGCUUUUUCAUAGUUCUGAGGAAAUUAUGAAAACUUUUGUAAUAAAUUCCAUCUCAGGAGAUGUUCGACUCGGAAAAAAGCUAGAUUUUGAGACAAUUCAACGGUAUGAGGUAGAUAUCGAAGGAACUGAUGGCGGUGGCCUUUCCGGGAAAUGUACUCUAAUUGUUCAGGUGAUAGAUCUGAACGACAAUGCCCCUGAACUGACGAUAUCGUCACUUAACAGCGCCAUCCCAGAGAAUGUGCCCCAGUCUGUGGUGGCUGUUUUCAGUAUUUCAGAUUUGGACUCAGGAGAAAACGGAAGGCUGGUUUGCUCCAUUCAAGAAGAUAUCCCUUUUACUCUACAACCAUCCAUAGAAAAUUUUUAUACCUUGGUAACAGAAGGAGCGCUGGACAGAGAGAGUAAGGCCCAGUAUAAUGUUACAAUUACUGUCACGGAUUUGGGGUUCCCAAGGCUCAAAACUAUGCACAACAUCACGGUGUUCAUCUCUGACAUCAAUGACAACCCACCAGUAUUUACUCAGACAGCAUAUACACUCUACCUCAGGGAGAACAACAGUCCUGCCUUCCACCUUGGCAGUGUUAGUGCCAAUGAUAGGGACUCAGGGACCAAUGCCAAAGUCACCUAUUCACUGCAGCCUCCAGGGCCUGAAAAUUUAUCCCUCUUUUCCUAUGUCUCCAUCAAUUCAGACAACGGACAUCUCUAUGCUCUGAGAGCCCUGGAUUAUGAAGCCAUCCAAACUUUCCAGUUCACUGUGAGGGCGACUGAUGGAGGCUCCCCAGCCCUCAGCAGCCAGGUUCUUGUUCAAGUCAUUGUCCUAGAUGAAAAUGACAACUCCCCUUUUGUGCUGUAUCCUUUGCAAAAUGGGACAACUCCCUGCUAUGACUUGGUGCCCAGGGCAGCACAGCCAGGUUACCUGGUGACCAAGGUGGUGGCUGUGGAUGGAGACUCAGGGCAAAAUUCCUGGCUUUCCUACCAACUGCUAAAAGCCACAGACCCAGGGCUCUUCACUGUGUGGGCCCAUAAUGGGGAAGUACAAACAGCAAGGCCCAUCAGUGACAGAGAUGCCAUCAAGCAGAGUCUCUUGGUGUUGGUGAAGGACAAUGGGCAGCCACCUUUGUCCACAGCAGCCACACUGAACGUGCUCUUGGUGGAUGGAUUCUCUGAACCAUAUAUAAAGCUCCAAGAAUCUACCAAUGAGCUGGUCCAGACUGAUUCUCUCACUCUCUCCUUGGUAAUUUCUUUGGCUUCUGUCUCUUUUCUUUUCUUAUUCUCCAUCAUUGUGUUCACUGUACUACAUCUAUGGAGGAAGAAAAGAAAAGCUUCAGACAGCAGCCACUUUGUGCCCAGUGGUCCCUUCCUAGGCCAUUUACUGGGUGUCAGUGGCACUGGGACUCUGUCCCACAGCUACCAGUAUGAGGCAUGUCUGACCAGUGGUUCUGGGACUAGUGAAUUUAAGUUCUUGAAGCCAAUUAUCCCCAGUGUCCCUGCUCACAGUGAUAGCAAGGAUUCAGAGGAAAUUACUACCUUUCAGAAUAGCUUAGGCUUAAGUUAGAGAUGAUUUCUCCUGC